UCUGUCUUCAAUAUGUCCGCCCCACUCCUCGUAUUCAGUUUCUCAUCAUCAUUAUUAUCAUACCCUCUCAUCUCAAUCUGAUUCAGUUCAUUUUUACCUUUUGUCUGUUUAUCCUUCUCACCUUAAAACCAUUAAAAAUGUAUCACCAUCAUAACCAUUUUCAGUGAUACCUGUUCAGUUAUUAUCAUUUUCAAUUGUAUAUACAAAAAAAAUCCAAUUAAUACUCAUCAAUCUUGGAUUGCAAAUUGUUCACGAAUUGAUUGUUAUUAUUUUCAAUUGUUUCAAUGGUAAAAUAAAAUGAAACCCACUCUCCUCCUACUCUUCAUCACCAUCCAUCAAUAAGCUACCUUGUAACCUGGUCCAUCUUUCACUCAUUCACCUCAAAUGCAAUUGACCACCACCACUGGACUUAUCGUCAUCAUCUUCAUGUUAAUUUAAUGACAAUUUCAUAUUAACCAUAACUAUCCUGAUAAUUAUCAUUCCCACCACAAGAAAAUUGAAAAAAAACACCAUGAAAUCAACUAAACCAACAGCGCUUUCAAAAUUCACUUGCUCAAGGAUGCAGGGUGAUCCAUUAAAUAUCAAGAAUAAUCAAUUAAACUAUCAUCUUAAUCAUCCUAAUCAUCAACCAUUUGCAAAUCAACCUAAAUCAAUGUUAUUUUAUGUUACCAAUUUAGGAUUAAUUUUGUUAAUCACAAUAAUACCUUUGAUAAAUUCACUUUCUGUCAAUGAAGCAAAUGUAAACAAUUGGGCUUUAAGAUUUGGCAAAGAUAUUUAUGAAGGAAGUGCUGAAGCAACGUGUCUAAGAAAAAUUGAAGAAAAUUACAUGGCAAUGAAACCUUCGGUUGAAAAUGUUGACUGUCCGAGUAUGUUACAACAAAUGAAGGAAAUGGUCACUAAUAUGUUUAACUAAAAAGAAAUGGUUGAAAAAAUUGCCAAGAAAGCGGAAAAAGCCGCUGAAACGGCCUCACAAGAGCUUUUCAAUGACCUUUCCUACAUCAACUCGAAGCGACUGUACGAUGUUAAGGAAGUUAAAUACGAGGAAAUGUCGCCGACCGAUCCACGUGACUAUUCUCUUCGAUUAACACCCAAUCCAAUUUAUCGAAAUGUUCCCGUUAAUGUAAAGAAAUCAGCUGUUCACAUACCGACCAAUGUUUUCGAGGAUAAACAAGAUCUAAAAGAGGCCAUUAAAUGGUCAGAAAAGCUGGACACCCAAUUCGGAAACAACCAUGUCAAUGAUUCUGAAGUUAAUUGGCAAUUUUUCUGCUCCUCGAAAGGGUUCUUGAGAUUUUUUCCCGCUUCCAAAUGGCGGCUUCCCCAAUUUCUCAUUGAACCCGAUCCAGAGGCUGAAAAGCUUGACCUCUACGAUUGUCGAGUCCGUGAAUGGUACGUUAAAGCAGCCGCAUCACCCAAAGAUGUGGUCAUUUUACUUGAUGGAAGUGGAUCAAUGACCGGCCAACGGAAGGAAAUUGCAAAGGCCGUUGUUGCAUCCAUUUUGGAUACUUUGACUGACGAUGAUUUUGUAACGGUAAUCCGAUUCUCUGAUAAACUUCAAUCGGUGGUUGAAUGUUUCGGUGAGACACUUAUUGGAGCAAAUAAACAAAACAUGAUCCAAUUUAAGCACAGUUUAACUGACCUAAACACGACGGACAUUGCCGACUUUAAAAGUGCCCUAACCAAAGCCUUUGAAAUCCUACAACAUGCAAGUAAAACUAAUCAAGGUUCCCAAUGUAAUCAGGCCAUUAUGCUGGUUACUGAUGGUGCUCCGGACACUUUUCGUGAUAUAUUUGAAAAGUACAAUUACCCUCGCAUAUCAAUCCGUGUCUUCACCUACCUUGUAGGUAAAGAGGUUACCGAAACUAAAGAGGUCAACCUAAUGGCCUGUGAAAACCGAGGCUACUACACCCAAGUGACCAGUUUAUCCGAGAUCAGGGAACAAGUUCAACUCUACCUUCCAGUUAUGAGUCGACCUCUUGUCCUUUCCGGAGCCCGAGUCUUUCGUUUCACCGGAGUUUAUGCCGAUAUAACUGAUGUUCCGUUAACACCAUGGGUCUGGGAUGAACGGGAACGGGAAAAGAUUCGUAAAAGUUUACAGGCCAAUCGUCGAGCUCGUGAUGUAUCUUCAGUUUCUGCGUAUGAAGGUGAAACCGGAUAUGAUGGACGAUCAGAUAAUCCGGUUGACGAUGAUAAAGAAUAUGAAAAUUAUCUCGAUAAAAAUAAUUCCAAUGACACUGGUGAUAGUGUUUCGAUUUCUGGAACUAAUUCAGUUAACCCAAUCGAACCAGAUAAUUUGGUAUCAUCUUCAUCAUCACGAACAAAUAAUAAUCUGAACCCAACAGAACCCAAAGUCCGAGUUACUCGUGAUACCGAAUCGGAAUCAUCGGCAGAUGAUAAUACAAUCAAUUUCGCCAGCAAUUACAACCAAAGGUUAAUUGACAAAAAGGGUGUCCACGAAUUGAUGACAACAAUAUCAUUACCAGUGUUUGAUGUUAAAAACACAACCAAUAUAACUGAACGAUUCUUGGUUAAAAAUGUUUGGCGUGAACGAGUUAAAGAGGUUCGAUCGGCUAAUUUACUUGGAGUCGCUGGCAUUGAUAUACCAAUUAGAGAAAUAGUUAAACGAGUUCCAGCUUAUAAGUUAGGUGUAAAUGGUUACUCUUUUGCAAUCAAUAACAAUGGACAUAUACUUUUUCACCCUGAUCUCCGUCCAUUGUUUCAAGAUCUGUUGAAACCUUUUUACAGUUCAGUUGAUUUACUUGAAGUUGAAUUAACUGUUAAUCAUCCGGAAAAAGGACCAAGGGAAUACAAUGAAACCUUAAUUGCAAUGAGAGAGGGUAUGAUUGCUUUUAAAACUGGUUGGACAUCAAUGGAGGUUAAAAUGCACAUCGAUUCAAUGAAACGAGCUGUAACUCGGAAACACAAAUAUUGUUAUGAACCGAUUCAUGGGACACCCUUUUCUUUGGGUAUCUCUUUACCUAAACCUUAUGGUGAAUAUCGGGUGUCGGGUGGAAUUGAAAUAAAACGUAGAGAUGAAAAUCUUACUCAAUUUUUCCGAGGAAACAAUUGGAGAGUCCACCCCGAGUGGACUUAUUGUGACAACGAUAACCUAAGGGGUAUUACCUUUGACACACCCGAAGGUGGGAUAUUACAUAUGCUUGCAAAGGCGGCGGAAAAUGAGUCAAAUAUUUGGUACCUUGAACCAUCAAAACAACCACCGGUUCGCAUGGACAGAUUAACAUGUGAGAAAGAUUUGGUUCGAGGUCUAGUUUUCGAUGCAAAAGCGACCGACAUUGAUGCUAAACGAUGUGGACCGGUCAGUAUGAGUGAUAAAUACGAUCCAUUAAAUUUGCUUCUAUCAUUAAUGCCAAGAAAUCGGAUAACAACAAUGUAUGGAAUCACGAUGACCUUUGUCGCUACUCGAUCGGGAUUAACUCGGUUCGAGGAUCACAGGUCACCAGAUGAGAAAGCAAAUACCACCGAUGAUCCGGAAAAGCUUUUCAUGGAGACUCAUAAUCGAGCGAUCGAUGAACUUUAUUACCAAAGGGCAGUUGAUUAUCAUCGUUUCAAUUCAUCGGCUUUUGUGUUUUCAGUUCCGUUUGAUGUCGGGGACAAGGUUAAUACGACCUAUGUAACUGGGUCUAGAGCCAUUUUCCUGGGCAAGGGUAAAUCGGUUGCCCCAGUUGCCGCAGUGGGUCUACUUUUCCGAUUGGAUAAAUUUUCAGAGCGAUUUUUCAACUUUUCCAAAAUGUGUGUCGGCGAAGGGUGUGGAGUGGACUGUACAACUGGUACCUUUGACUGUUUCCUGGUCGAUAACAAUGGUUUCAUCGUAGUCUCAAUGGACAACAAUCACACGGGAAAAUUUUAUGGUGAAGUUGAUACUCCAAUGUUUGAAGUGAUGGUUUCAAAGGGAAUCUACAAGGAGAUUAAGAUGUACGAUUAUCAGGCCAUUUGUAUUGAAAUGAUUCAACGCUCAGGUCCAGGAUCUACUUUAAUAACACCGAUACAAAUGACCAGUCGCUUGAUUACCUGGCUAUGGGCACGAAUAAGUUACAUUAUGAUGGAAAUUGUUUUCGGUCAUAUUGUUAACCUUGUCACUGGUGAUUAUUAUUAUGAAGAAGAUGGUGAAGUCUCAGAUGACCCUUCAACCUAUUCAGAGGGCGAGGGAAGACCAAGACAGAUACCACCCAAUAAAACGCGACCUUAUCCAUGUGACAAGGAGUUUUACAUCUAUGAGAUGCAAAAUGCACCCACCGAGGCACAUAAAGGAAAAUACCAUAAAUGUGACGGUUGUGAAGAGGGAUACAUCAUUCAACCUGUUCCAUACACUAAUCUAUUGAUUGUUGUCGCUGAAACAUCCUGCCAUUGUGAACCCCGCCGGGUAAAAAUCAAUCCCACUGAGAUUAAGUAUCCAGAAGAUUGUACAUUUGAAAAGCGAAGGGUCAAUCAAACAAGAAGAAGAUCUGACCAAUCAGAUUGUAAAAAUACUCACCCAGAGGAAUAUGUAAUUAAACAAUGUGGCAAAGGUUGGAAAUUGAAACCUUCUAGUCAACCAUUUGUAACCAUUAUGACCAUCACUUUUUUUCAUCUCAUUUGUAUAAGACAUUUGUUGGAUACUAAUCAUCAACUUAAUCAACUUAAUUAACUCCCCAACCUCUCAACUUUCAUUUUAUUAUUGUAAUUUAAUUGAUUAACUAAAUUAACUCGUGUAAUUAUAACUGUACUAUGUUAUAACCGCCUUACAACUUGAUACAACCAAAUAAACUGAAAUUCAAGAAAAACAAAAAGUUUCAAAUUGAAUUACAAUCC